AUGGCGGCUUAUGAUGGCCGAGUGUGUAGCGGGCGGGUGGUGCAGGUGAAUCUUGAGGAACUCCAGCAACCUGUGACAUCAUUUGAAAUGAACAAUCAAACCUAUGUCACUGAAUUCAUCCUCCUGGGAUUUUCCAACCAUUCCAACCUACAGGCCUUGUUCUUUUUGAUCUUCCUGGUCAUUUACCUGACAACUCUGCUGGGAAACAUGCUCAUAAUCACAGCCACCAGGGUCAGUCCUGCUCUUCACACGCCAAUGUAUUACUUCCUCAGCAACUUGAGCUUCUUGGACAUCUGCUACACAUCUACCACCGUUCCCGUCAUGCUGGUGAACUUCUUCCGGGAGAAGAAGACCAUCUCCUACGAGGGCUGCCUUUCCCAGGUCUUUUUCUUUGUGACAUGCGCUGGCACUGAAUGUGUCUUAUUGGCUGCUAUGGCUUAUGAUCGCUAUGUAGCCAUCUGUCGCCCUCUUCAAUAUCCGGUUCUCAUGAGCGUGACAGUGUGUGCGUACUUGGUGGCUGGGUCCUGGCUGUGUGGGCUGGUGAAUUCUAUGACACACACAGGGCUGACAGCCACACUCAGUCUGUGUGGGCCCAACCAGAUCAGCCACUUUCUCUGUGACGUCCCCUUACUCCUGAAGCUCUCCUGCUCAGACACCUCUGUCAACGAGUCUGUGCUCCACGUGGCCAGCGCCACCAUUGGCCUGAGCCCCUGCCUGUUUACUGCAGUGUCCUACAUUCUCAUCAUCUCUGCCAUCCUGAAGAUUCCCUCUGCUCAGGGCCGGAGCAAGGCCUUCUCUACCUGUGCAUCCCACCUCACUGUGGUGGUGGUCUUCUUUGGAACAGCCAACUUCAACUAUGACAGACCUGAUGUAGGCUACAACCUCGAUAUGGACAUCCUGGUCUCUGUGCUCUUCUGUAUUGUGACCCCCAUGUUGAACCCCAUCAUCUACAGCCUGAGAAAUAAGGAAGUCAAAGGAGAACUGAAGAAACUGGCUGGAAAACAUGGAAUCUCUA